UACAAAGUUACCAACUCGAUCUUCUCACUGCGAUCGAUCUUCUCACUGCUAGCGCUGUGCCACACAAGACUGAACGUGUUGUCCGAAAAAAAAAAAGCUAGAAUGAACGGCUUGCGUUGGGGACUCUUUGAUCACUUGCCGUGCCCAAUGGAGUCUGACAGGAAAAUGUUCCAGGCAUGGGAAGACAUAGGAUCGUCGAGCACAAUCAGACAGAUGAUCCAGUGUACGACUGAUGGGUACUCCGUGCCGCCCGCCGAAGCUCCGCACCCAGAGUCUGAUGGCCUGUGUGGGGCCAUGAUGCAGAUUCACAUUAACGCAGAAAGCCAAAGUAGCGGCCUUGUAGCAGAAUGGGCGCCACACCCUCACCCCUCGCUGCCAGUGAUGUGGCGUGAUGGUUUGGGGAACUCCACAGAACCCUAUCGUGCUGAUGGCCCAGACGCGCUGGAUUUAAGGGUAGUGCAAAGACCGAUAGGCUCCCGGGGACGAAAAGACCGAAGGAAAGCCUCUGGAUGGGAAACCCAGACUUCACCAUUACCUGCGUGGCCUGAGAACAUGUCGUGCAGUUUCUGCAAGAACAACGGCGAGUCUAAGUUGGUGUUCACAUCCCACUGGCUGAAGAACCAGGCUGGAGAUGUGUUGUGUCCCUACCUGCGGCAGUACGUGUGUCCCCUUUGCGGAGCCACGGGGACCCAAGCCCACACCAAGCGCUUCUGCCCGAAGGUGGACAAAGCGUACAACUCGGUGUACACGAAGUGCAAACGUUGAACCAACCGGUAACGGUAAGACCCAGAAGGCUGGAUGUUCCUUUAUCGUGCUGUUUUGUUUAUUUGCACGUGUUUGGUUUGUUUUGCAUGCUUUGGCACGUUUGCCUUAUAGCCUUUUAUAAUGCUGAUUGGAAUGUUUUUCCCAGCUGUUUUAUUUGUCAGCCGAGCAUCUUCUAAAAGCUCUGUUUGGUUUUGUGUGGUUGUAACAUAUUUCUUAAAUGUGGCGACUUGUCCAGUUUCAUAUCCCCUGCUCUUGCAUUGACAGAUUACACAAACAUUGUCUGUCCAUUUUAACAUUUUAAAAAA